AUGGUAGGAGAAGGCUAUGGCGCCUUCCAACUAAACCUAGAGAGCCAAGCGCGCUUAUACCGCUUCUACCACCGCACGCUUCCAACCAUCAGCACGCCGCGCAUAACAGAAGUAUACCAGGAAUAUACAACAGGACUAGCAUUAGCACACCCAUUCCUAAUGCAUAUAAUCCUAACAAUAGCCAUAACGCACGACCGCCACCUCCUAACCCCCUUCACAUCCACCCACCAACUCGCAACACCCCAAGAAUCGCACCUCAUCCAAGCAGAAUCCCAGCACCGUGCGCAAGCCGCAAAUCUUCUAAACAGCAAACUCUCCCGCCCGAUUCGCCCACAAGACCGCGACGCCCUCUGGGCCGCAGCAGCCAUGCUGGGAAUCUCCGUGCUAACAGCCACGGAAGCACCAAGCGUGCAGGACUCGUGGCCGUUGAGGACAGAAACAAACACCAACACCGGCACCAACCACCCUAAAACCAGAACUAAAACCACCCCCGAACUGCAGUGGAUGGACUUCUCAAUCAACAAAAAGGUAAUUUGGAACGUGACCGAUCCGCUGCGCGAGGAUAGCAUCUUCCACGUGCUGGCGGAUAGCUACCGCGAGUUGAUGCUGCAGCCGCAGUUGUGCAGCGCAGAGGAGGUAGCGGGUGAGUUUGUGGUGCUGUGCGGGCUGGGCGAGGCGGGCGCCUCAUCUUUUCCUGCUUUUGGCACGGAUGCGAAUCCUUAUUCCAAGGCUAUUUGUAUGCUAACGCGGAUGCGUGGCUCUGGUGGUGGUGUGGCGUCCAGCCCGGAGAUGCUGUGUGCGGAGGGCGUUAUGCCGCGGGAUCUUGCUUUUAUUGGGUUUAUGGAGGCGGGGUUUAAAGCGUUGCUGGGUGAGCGGGAUGCACGGGCGCUGCUUAUUCUUGCAUUUUGGUAUGCGCCGCUUUGUGAGGGUGUUUGGUGGAUUGCGAGACGGGCGUGGAUCGAGUGUCGGGCUAUUUGUUUGUAUUUGGAGAGGUGGUGUGGUGGAGAUGAGUCGGUUAGGCGGUUGUUGGGUGUUGUUAGGGCUCGGUGUGGGCUGAAACUGGAUGAUCGGAUGGGGGCUUGA